AUGAAUCCCUGUGCGCCCACCUUCGUCCCGACCGGUUUUUCAGACGACGAGUUUUCUUCUGAGGAGGAAUCUUCCGUAUCCUCAUCUAUGGAAGCAAGGCAUUCGGAACAAGAUGUGCGGUCUCCCAAGGCACGCUCUCGGAGCGGAACCCUCCCUUCCAUCACCUUUGACCCCGACAAAUACGAUUCCAUGUUCCCGACUCUUACAACCGCGAACCCCGUCAAUCCUCACAUCAUUCGCAGUCCGGGACUCGCGAAGAAACGACUUGGAAAGUGCUCACGGGAGCAUAGCUCGGAAGCAGGCCAUUUCCUACCGCCCAGUGACAAACGUCUUAGCUCAGCUUAUCAAACCGAUGCUGAGUAUGAGGAUAAAGAUGAAGAGGAAGAGGAAGAGGAAGACAGUGAUGAACCUGCUGUGGAGUAUCUGAAGCCAACAGUUUACACUCCAAGGAAGUCACUUGAAUACCUCAAGCCCACAGUCUUCACUCCUCCAACCUCUUCGCGCAAUGCUUCCAAGCGCUCUGAAACCAAAAGGGGUACGCGAUCACGUAAUGCCAUAGCCAAAUCAAGGUCUCCCCGGCGUGCAUGGAGACCCCCUACUCCUCACCCAGAGGGUAAGCCACGAGGGUCGAGAGGCGGGCGUCGUACACCUACACCGGCCCCUCAAAUCGUCCAGCAGACAGGAUACUUGGCUCCUGUGGCCCAUCCACCCGCCGAAUACCAUUAUUACGAUCAAAGAGCUCCAUAUCCGGUGAUGCAGCCUAUUGCUCCCUACGCGCCGCUCAUGGGACAACCCAUGAUGUCGUACUCACCUGUACCAUGGCAAAUGCCCUCGAUUCCAUGGCAGAAUCCUGUGCCUCAGCUGCAGAAUGUUGACUCUUCGCGUGAAUGCAUAUGCCCUUUCUGCGAUCCUUCUUCGCUUGCAUACAACCUCUAUUUUUGUGCAAAGAUGAACAAACCACCACCGUCUACGCAGCAACCCUACUUUUAUACUCACCCACAGCCGCAACCACAGCCGCAACCACAAAUACAAUAUCUGCAGCCUCAGCCCAGAUUCGAGUCCCAUUCGUCUCCUCAAAUAAGCGAUUCCCAAAGUGCCUCUCACAGUGAGUCUGUGGCAAGCCGCCAUGUGUGUCGGAAGAGCACUUCUGGUUCCGUGGUAGCUGCUAAGGGGUCCGCUUCUGCAAUCCCGGCGAAGACCCAAGUUGAGAGGAUCAAGGACCAAAACCGAAGCAUGAUGUCUGUACCUGCGGGUAAAGAUCGUGAACUUCUCGGUGCCGUGUGCGAUGAUGACGCCAAGAAGGUGAAGCUGGAGAAAACACUUCGCGAUGUUGCUGAAUAUACCAAGAAGACUGGGUUCAUCCCAACCCGACAAGCGCAAAGUGCACAGGAUUCUCCUAGUGUCGCGCGGAGUGCAAAGAUCAACCUCAAACGGGAGGUCCCAUCUGAGAACCAGAACAAGGCUGAAGACAAGGAUCAGACGCCGGCUAACCCACCUCAAAACGCCCCUAAAGGACCAUCCUCCUUGCGACAACUUAAACAGUCAUUCAGCGCGACGGUAAAACAGACCCUGAACCUUGUUGGAUCCGAAUCUGGUGCUUGGUCACAAUCCAAAAGAUGGACCAGCUUCGCCACCAAAGAACGUCAGGCCUUUCAGAAAAUGAUGUCCAGCUUGCGUUAUAUGAGCGCGGAUAAAUCUCCCUUCGUUCCUCAAAGUCCAGCAGAGCUCACUGCUUUCAAGGCUGCUCUGGCGGAGUCGAAAACGAAGAAGCUUGAUCAAGAAGUCCAACAACGUGUAGCAAAGUCUAACGCGAAGACUGCUGAUGAUGCUGAUGAGAACAGGGUUGAAACAGUCAUGAAAUUCCUUGGUGGUAAGAAGUUUAGAGACCAUCUUUCGCCUCUGUUUGCGGCCAGCAAUUGUUUCAACGAAGCACUAGUCAAGCCACCGUUUGCUGCUGAGUGGCCGUCCCUUGCCGAGCUCAAAGAAGAGGGGGACAAACGCAGCAUUCGACAAGGCCGUUGUUUGCCUCUUCCACGAAUGGAUAUUGUCGCUCUCAGACACUGCGACCAAAACGAUGAAGCCUGCAAUGCCGAUGGGGCGGUUCGAUGGGACAAGAAGCUUGUCCAAGUUGGAUCUCGCUAUAUCUACCCUGUCACACAAGAGGAGUCUUCCACAAUCCCGGGUGUCGAGCUUCAAUCCGACGAUGCACCAUUCCUUCUCGCAGCAUUGCUUAAGAAUAUUGAUGCAGUCGAGGUUGAGGUGAGCGAGACCGAUGAGAAGGCAGAUGAGAAGGACAAGAAGAAGAAGGAAAAGGCAGAGAGUAAGAAGGAUACCGAAAAGAAUGCUGAAAAGAAGGAAAUCUCAAAGUAA